GCCUCUUCGGUGGCGGCUCCCGCGAGGCCGAUGGCUGGCCGGUUAUGGGGCCAGGCAGCCUGCCCGGGGCGGCGGCUGGCGGUCGGCUCCGGGGGCCGCGCUUGGCGGCGCUGCUCGCCUUGUGCUGCUGGGGCUGCCUUCCGCGCGUGGCAGUAGAUUGCCAACCGUGCCGGAUCCAACGUUGCAACGCUGACUAUGUAGCGGCCACCUCUCCAGUGACGGAGGAGACUGUGCCUCACGUGGACUACUGCAUUGCUCUGCGGGCCUAUUCCCUUUGCACCAGGAAGAUGGCUCGCUUGUGCCGGGGGGAUCUGGUGUACCACUCAGCAGUCUUCCGUAUCAAAGAACUCUUUGGGCAGCACAACUGCUCCAGCGACGGGCCGACAUCCUCUGCUAGGGCUGGUGCCGUCGAACCUUUGGUUUCUGAGAUAUGCAACUAUCGAGCCCGGUCCGGUUUCCAUACCAAAUUUGCUCACUGCGGGCUUUUUGGAGAUCCUCACCUGCGGACAUUUAAAGAUGAAUUCCAGACCUGUAAAGUGGAGGGGGCUUGGCCCCUCAUUGAUAACCAGUACUUGUCAGUUCAGGUGACCAAUGUUCCUGUGGGUCUUGGAUCUGGUGCUACGGCAACUAGCAAGAUCACACUGAUUUUCAAGAGUUUCCCAGGGUGUUCUGAGCAGAAGGUCUACCAGGCAACCACAGAAGAUCUACCUCUGGCUUUCACCGACGGCACGAGAAACGGGGGGCUACAGGAAGGGUUGGGCAGCCUGCAGAUCCUGGAGAAGCCAGAUGUGAGGCAAGUGGAGAUCCAGGCCCACCAUAUUGGCAGUACCGUCAUCAUCCGGCAGGUGGGCCGCUAUCUCACCUUUGCUAUCCGUGUGCCGGAGGACAUUCUGGGCACUUCUGAGCUGAGCACCAACCUCCAGCUUUGCCUCCAGGGCUGCCCCCAGAACGAGCUGAUCCAGGAGCACUGGCUGAGCCCAGCAAGUUCUGACCUGCUCCGGCCAAGUUCCCGACAGGCCUACACGGUGGAGUCUGCCACCGAGCAGUGCAGCCACCUUUUGCCAGUGGAGGAUAUGUACUUCCAGUCUUGUGUCUUUGACUUACUGACCACAGGGGAUUCCGAGUUCUCAGUGGCAGCCUAUGGAGCCCUGGAGGAUAUGAAGGCCUUGAACCCCAGCAGACUGCAGUUGCACCCGGCCUCCAAGGCUGCCCAUUCAGCUGGCAGGAGGCCCAGUCUAGGACAAAGGGCUGCCGUUUUACUGCCAGGGCUUCUUGUCUUUCUUCUCCUUCCCAUUCAGUGCUGACAGCUGUGGAUUUCUCACCCUCUGUCUCAACAGCAACACAAAGGGGUACAUACUGAAGAGGACAAAGCCACACCCCAGAGCUCACACAAGCCCCACCUCCUUAAGUGGAAGAGCAAGAAGACCCGCCCAUAAACCAGGAGUCUACGACAUUCAUGGAUCCAGAGCAGUUAGCCAUGUUAGUCCGUAGUUGCAGAAUAGUAAAGAGUCCAGUAGCACCUUUAAGACUAACCAACUUUAUUGUAGCAUAAGCUUUUGAGAACCACAGCUCUCUUCGCCAGAUGGAAAGCUUAUGCUACACUAAAGUUGGUUAGUCUUAAAGGUGCUACUGGACUCUUUACUAUAUGACAUUCAUGCAACUCACACACACUCCACAAGCCAACGUCUGCUUGGAAAACCCACAGUUGAAAAGGUGGGCUGCAUUCUGUGGGCACGGGUGUUCUUUCAAGCAGCUAGAACAGGAUCAUUGAGUGGAAAUUCGUGGGGUGAAUGGAGAUUCUUUUACUUGAGGACUUUGUGAUCAUUUAAUCUGGGCUGCUCCUCGUGCAAAGCUGCAUCACAUGCCGUACAAUAGCCAAGGAGCAACUUACUCUGACCUGGAUAGCCCAGGUGAGCCUGAUCUUAUCAGAAGCGAAGCAGGCUUGGCCUUGGUUAGUAAUUGGAUGGGAGACUUCCAACAAAGACCAGGUUUGCAGAGGCAGAUAAUGGCAAGCCACCUCUCUUAGUCUCUUGCCAUGAAAACCCUGCCAGGGGUCACCAUAAGUCAGCUAUGACUUGAGGGCACUCCACCACUAGGACCAAGUUAAGCUUGUUCUCAUGUGCCAACUAAGCCUGCGUAACUGCUUUGCAUGGGCUGGAGACUGCUUGAACAAGCUCUUGUGCAAAGGCAAACUCCCACAGGUAGGCUUGAGUUGCCUCGCCAGCAUCACAUUGAAACCAGGUUCCUAAAGGUUCUCAACGGAGAGUCGCCUUGCCACGAGGCUGUGUGUACCUGGGUAGGAAUUUCUGCAAGUUUUGACUGCCUUCCCUGAAAACGUUGAAUCUGUGGCCUGCUGAGGUGGAGCCGAUGGGCAGGGCUUUUUUUCAGCUGGAAUGCGGGGGAACGGAGUUCCGGAACCUCUUGAAAAUGGUCAC